AUGGUCUUCCGCUUCGCCAAAACCCUCGACCCAAUAACCCUCUUCCACGCCCCCAACCUGCCCUCCAGCAAAUCCGCCUUAUCCAUCCUGCAACGCGCAUCCACAACAGCCGCAAGCACGACAGGCACUCCGCGGGGCGAAUUCCAGCUGGAGGUGAGCACAGCGCCGCCGACGAACGACCAGUUGCGGAAUAUUCUUGACUAUGUAUCGGGGAGUAACACGGGGAGUGGUGCUGGGAUUGGCAAGGUGUAUGGGGUGGGCGAGGUGGUGAGGGGGGCGAGGGAUGCGGAGGAUGCGGUUAAGAGGUUUAAGGCGGAUCCUGAGGGGAGUUUUGUGAGACCUAUUACAGUCGACUGGACGAAAGGACAGGCUGUGGUUGGGGAUAAUGAGUCGGAGAUUCUCAAGAUGGUGCAGGAGUUGGAGUGA